AUGCUGGCGUCCGAGCUGCCUUUUGAGAUACUUUCUCUUGUUAGAGAUUUUCUACUUACAUGCGAAAGAUUUCAAUGUAUUUUUGUCUGCAAACGAUGGAAAGUCCCGUUUCAAGAAUCAUUUUGGAAAAACACCGAGGUCGACACUUUCGUAAACCUUCGAAUCGAGACUUCAAAGCUUAACGUACCAACACCGAUUCUCAUUAAACUCUUGACGAACUACCCCAGCCUCAAAAAGAUAAACGUUUCCACACAUUCUUCGACAAAAUUGCUUAAUUUCAACUUGAGAAACUUUAAUACACUACACAAGCGAUCUCUACAACUUGAAUAUAUCAAGGGAUGCUUUAGUCUCACUGAUAUUCAUCAGAAUUUGAUAAAAACAAUCCCGUCAACUACACCAGCUCUUCAUGUAACAACACUUGAUCUCGACCUCCUAGACUGGGACCAUUUAUGGCUAUAUUACUUCAGCUACAAGUAUCUAAACCUACCUACUUUGAAAUGGAAAACCAUAUGUGCACCAAGGAAGCGGAUUGUUAAAAAGUACAAUGCAGAAAAAAUGGUGCUCUUAAAUUCACUUCAAAGUGUGUUCCCACACUUAGAAAUGUCCUUUUCAACAACACUCAAAAAAAUCUCCAUUAUCAGAGAUGCAUAUUUCAAAGCUAAAAAUAUUGUCAGGUCAGAAUUUCCCUAUUGUCUACGCCUGACAAGUAUUGAACUGACGGACUGUGGCAUAUCAAUUACAUUGGAUAAUAUACUGGAUAACUGUCCCGCCUUAAGACAACUAAAGUUUUCCAGAGGACAGUUGACUACUAGCCCAGAGGCCCACAAAGAGUCAAAUACAGAGAUUUAUAAUAUAAACUUGAGUCACUCGCAGAUUGGGGGAUUGAUCUCAGCAAAGAUUGGAAGCUUGUGCAUUGACAUGUCCUAUACAAGCUUCAAGCUACUACAGCUCAGUCAUGUCAAGUUUUACUCAUCUGAAAAUGCUAUGGACAAAGACACUGCUAUCAACCUGACACUACUUUCGCACUUAACCGGACUUGACAUGACAGCUGAAACAGAAGACUUGAACAAAGCUUUGGAGCAUUCUGUAGAGAACUUAGCUCGAUAUCAUCUAUAUUGCGAAUUAGAAGGCUUAUUCGACUUUACCCUAGAGAGAUCUCGGGUUAAGAACAUGUCUCAAUCUUCUGAAGCUGACAGAUCUUUCGAUGGCCAGGUGAGCCAAAAUGACUGGAAAGAAGAUCUCUAUAGGGGUUAUGUUGAGCUCAGAUGUGGUCAUGCAGCUAAAUAG